UCAAACAUUAGCCUGCAUUGAUUAUUUAAACAAAAUAUGCUACGAAUUUUAAGGGCAUUAAGACUUGGGCAAACCCCUCAAAGGGCAUCCAUAUUCCAACAAUGCCAUGGAAAUGGAAUCAUUAGCCCCAACAAAUUGUCUUCUGGUUUCGGAUGUGUGACAUCCUCCCCACCCACCAUGCAGCUGAAAGGAUUGGAGAAUGUUACUGUCUCAGAGGUGCUUAUGACAAAAGGGCAAGAGAAGAUUGGUUCCUGGCUCUCAUGCCAAGUUGACGAUGCUGUUAUCAAUGCAAUGAAGAACAUGGCUGAAAACAAUAUUGGAUCAUUGGUUGUACUAAAGUCAGAGGGCCACCUAGCAGGCAUUGUCACAGAAAGAGAUUGCUUGAAGAAAAUAGUUGCACAAGGAAGAUCACCCUAUCACACACAAGUUGGUGAAAUAAUGACUAAUGAGCAAAACUUGAUAACGGUGACCUCUGACAUGAACAUUCUUCAAGCAGUGCGACUUAUGACAGAGAAUAGUAUCAGACAUGUUCCAGUUAUAGACGGGAAAAUAGUGGGAAUGAUAUCCAUUGUAGAUGUAGUUCGAGCAGUGAUGGAGCAGCAAAAUGGAGAAUUGAAACGACUCAAUGAUUACAUCAAAGGAGAAUACUAUUAGCUAGAAACAAUUCAAUCACUGCAAUUAUAUAUAAACAUCU